CUUUAUCUCCACUCUCUAUAUUUUCCUUUACUCUCUCCUCGCUUUAUUACAAUCUCAAUCUUCUCUAAAUUUCAUAGAAAGCUUGUGAAAUGGAUUAUUCUUCGAUGCACCAGAGUGUGGUUGGAGUAUCUUCAUGUUCAUCACAAGAUUACCAGAACCAGAAGAAACCCUCUCCGGCGAUUAGGCCAGCUCCACCGGAGCAAUCACUGAGAUGCCCUCGCUGCGACUCAACCAACACAAAGUUCUGUUACUACAACAACUACAGCCUCUCUCAGCCUCGCUACUUCUGCAAAUCUUGUCGGAGAUAUUGGACCAAAGGCGGUAUCCUAAGAAACAUCCCAAUCGGUGGUGCUUACCGGAAACACAAACGCUCCUCCUCCACUACUAAAAGCCUUAGAACAACCCCUGAACCACCGAUGAUGAUGACCCACGAGGGGAAAGCAUUUCCGGCAGCGAGUUUCGGUGGAUACAGUAAUAACAUUAACAAUGAACAGAUAGAGCUUGGGUUAGCAUUUGCCUUGCUGAACAAGCAACCUCUAGGGUUUCAUUCUGAGUUCGGAAGCUCUCAGUCUCCAAUGGGUAUAGAGGGUGUCUUUGGGAUACCGCAGAUGGAGAACGCCGGUUAUGCGUUUGGGAAUGGUGGAAGCGGUCUGGAGCAAAUGUCGACAACGUCAAGUGAUCCAAACAGGGUCUUUUGGGGAUUCCCAUGGCAGCAGAUGAACAUGGGAGGAGGAGGAAGUGGUCACGUUGAUCAGAUUGAUUCAGGGAGAGAGGUUUGGAAUAGUACUGUCAACUACAUCAAUACUGGUGCUUUACUGUAAUCUAUUUACUAAAAAAUAGGAUAAAUCAUUUUCAUUAGCUUCGGGUUUGGAUUCUGGUUUUCUUGGGUAGAGAAAGGGAUACUUAUUAGGGGGAAAGAAAAUUAGAUAUCU